UUCCCUCCUCUUCUUCUUACCAAAUCACAAACAAAUUAAACUACUUCAAAUCUCUGUCAACAUUUUCAUCACUUUUACUUCUUCUAAAUUCCUAAUGGAAGGAGAAAAAUCGUGCCUACAUCCUCCAACACAUGGAAACCUCAUCACCAUUCUUAGCAUUGAUGGAGGAGGAAUAAGAGGAAUAAUCCCAGGAAUUAUUCUGGGCUUCUUGGAAUCACAACUUCAGGAACUGGAUGGUGAGGAUGUGAGACUUGCAGACUAUUUUGAUGUAAUUGCAGGAACAAGCACAGGCGGUCUGGUGACUGCCAUGCUAACUACACCAAAUGAGAAAAAGCGCCCUUUAUUUUCUGCAAAAGAUAUCAAGAACUUCUACCUCGAAAACGCUCCUAGAAUUUUUCCACAACAGAGUUGCCCAUUUGCUCACGCUGCAAAGGUGAUAAAAUCGCUGUCUGGGCCAAGAUACAAAGGUUAUUAUCUCCAUAACCUUGUCAGGAAGAAAUUAGGAAGCACACGAUUACACCAGACAUUGACAAAUGUUGUUAUCCCGACGUUUGAUGUCAAGGAACUCCAGCCAACUAUCUUCUCCAGCUAUCAGUUAAAAUGUAAACCGUCCUUGGAUGCUUUACUCUCAGACGUAUGCAUCGGUACUUCUGCAGCACCAACUUAUCUUCCUGCUCACUAUUUCGAAACCAAAGAUGAGGAAGGAAAAGUGAGAGAAUUCAACCUUAUCGAUGGUGGUGUUGCUGCAAAUAACCCGGCUCUAGUUGCAAUCGGGGAAGUAAGCAAGGAUAUCAUUAAAAACCCAGAUUCCUUCUCCAUAAAACCAAUGGAGUUUGGUAGAUUUCUGGUUUUAUCUUUGGGAACCGGUGCACCUAAAUCCGAACACAAAUACGGUGCUAAGCAAGCAUCAAAAUGGGGUGUUUUGGGUUGGUUGCAUAGCGAUGGAUCCAGCCCAUUAGUGGACGUGUUCACUCAAGCAAGUGGAGACAUGGUGGACUACCAUGUUUCUGCAGUUUUUCAAGCCCUUUCCUCAAAAGAUAAUUACCUUCGGAUUCAGGAUGAUACAUUGGGAGGGACUGUAUCUUCAGUCGAUUUCGCCUCCAAGGAAAACUUGGACAAUCUUGUGAAAGUUGGUGAAGCUUUGUUAAAGAAACCAGUUUCAAGGGUAAACCUUGACACAGGUAUCUAUGAGCCUUGUAAAGAGCAAAUCACGAAUGAGGAGGCACUGAGAAGGUUUGCAAAACUACUCUCAGAGGAGAAGAAGCUGCGUGAUUCAAAAUCACCGAAUGGCAACGCCAUGAAGCCAUAAUAAAAUUGACUCAUGAACUGUAAUUCCAUUUCUGCUAGUAUUUAAAUAAGCCACUCGUAAGCAGAUGUGGCAAUAUUGCUAACUGUUGGCUCUGUAUUGCAAUUAAAUCUCUGGUAGUUAAAUGAAAUAAAUGAAUCAGAGGUGGAUG